ACUAAUCAUCCUACUCAGAGUUUCUACCAAUCUGCUUCCCAAUAGGAAGUGACAUCGUUGCAAUGUCUGCAAAAGCAGCGCGCGUUGUUUUAACAAAAGUAGCUGGAGUUCCACUCAAGUACAUAACUGGAAUUUAAAAGUUUUUUGUGUUGCUCUUUGUGUUUACGAGGAAGAAAGAAUGUCCGAUUGUAAUGAUGACAGAGACUUUCCUGAAAGUAUGACGCAACUAAAAGCAUUAGAUGACCUCCUGAGGUGUGGAAUCUGUUUUGAGUAUUUUAACAUUGCAAUGAUCAUUCCACAGUGUUCUCAUAACUUUUGCUCUCUCUGCAUACGGAAAUUCAUGUCCUAUAAAACACAGUGUCCAGCAUGUCUUGUGGCAGUAACUGAAUCAGACUUAAGAAACAACAGGAUACUGGAUGACUUGGUUAACCAUUUUAAGUCUGCAAGGAAGCAACUGUUGCAGGUGUAUUUAGACUCUUCACUGAUGCCUCAAACAGCUGUGAAUAGCAGCUCUGUUGACAGACCACAGUUGAAUGGAUCAAAAAGCCGCACACGGUUAUCCAAGAAAGAACCAAAACUGAUGGACUCCUUCCUUGUCAAAGAUAAGCAGCCUGAUUCAAAAGAAGCUUCAGCAAUCAAAACUUCAGAAACGUAUACCAGAGGGUCAAAAAUUGUACGGAAGAAAGGUGGACUCAGAACGUCACAACAGCUUGAACAGCAGCAUGGCAGUGAAGCAAUGAGCAUUGCUUUAAGUCAGGGUGAUUCUGUUCAAUGUGAAGAAUUGGCCACCUCUUCCGGAGCUGCAGAAGUGGAGAAAGUGGAUUGUCCAGUUUGUGGUGUCAGCAUUGCACAGCAGCAUAUUAAUCAACAUCUUGACAACUGUCUUUUGGGAGAAGAAAAGAAAGAGGGUCUUAGAAGCUGCAGAAAUUGCCAAAGAAAUUGAAAAUAAUCAGAAGAUUCAAACACAGUUGGAGUCAGAAGUAAAGAAAAAGGUGAUGACUUUUAAAAAGGAUCAGUCGGAAGAAGAGAUAGAAGGAAUUCAUAGUGAAUAUCGUAUGAAACAUCAGAAUGAGUUUCAGCAAUUAAUUGACCAAGUGAAAAGUCGAUGGAAGAAACCUAGAAAACGGAAGCUGGAAGAGGUCAACGAAGAUAAGGAAACAAAAUCUGAUGCAGAUGACAGCACAAAACAGCCUUUGCUCAGACCUAAAUCCUUGAGGCAGAAAAUAAUUAAACAACAUCGUUCCCAGUCAGGUGAAGCACUGAAUCAGGAAUGUGUCGCAACAUCCAUGCCUGUAGAAGCGGUGUCUCCUUACUCAAAUGCCAGCUCAAGCUCUGAUAUUUUCUGGGAUUUAGAAGAGGAGGAGAAACUUGCUUUACUGAAAGACAAUGCUUUCCAGAAUUCUGAGAUUCCAAGCAAGACACAUGAUCCUGAAAUUACCGUGGAUACAGAUGAAUUAUAAAUCUUUUUAACAGUCAUUAUAAAUGAACUGUAAAUGCCUACCAUACAGCUCCUGAAUCUG